AUGUCCCAAACCAAAUACACCUCCAAGCUCUCCCAAAAGCUCAUCCUCGUCCUCGGCGGCACCUCCGGCGUCGGCUUCUGCGUCGCCGAAGCCUGCCUCGAGCACGGCGCCGCCGUCUUCAUCUCCAGCUCGAACCCCGCCCGCCUCGCCGCCGCCCUCGCCCGCCUGCGCGCCUCGUACCCCUCCCUCGCCGCCAACAUCACCGGCGCCACCUGCGACCUCGCGGACCUCGACAACGUGGAGGCGAACCUCACCGCGCUCUUCGACGCCGUCACAGACAACAAGGCGAAGAAGAUCGACCACGUCGUCUUCACGGCCGGCGACGCGCUCAAGCUCCCUGCCAUGGCCGAGGCGACCCCGGCCGUGGUGCUGGCGCCCGCGAACGUGCGGUUCAUCGGCGCGAUUAUGGUCGCGAAACUCAUCCCGACGUACAUGACGCUCACGCCGGCGUCUUCUUUUACCCUCACCAGCGGCUCGAUCACGCAGAAGCCGUUUCCCGGGUGGUCGAUUAUCGCGGGGUGGGGCGGGGCGGUGGAGGGGCUAGCUCGCGGACUAGCGGUUGACCUUGCGCCGCUGCGGGUUAACACGGUUACUUUGGGGGUGGUGCAGACGGAGCUGUUUGAUAGCUCGCCGGCGGAGAUGAUAGAACAUGCAGUUGAGGGGUGGAAGCAGGCGACGUUGGUGAAGGAGAUUGGACGGCCGGAGGAUGUGGCGGAGGCGUAUUUGUACUGCAUGAGGGAUCGGUUUGUGUCGGGAGCGACUGUGGAGACGAAUGGGGGGAGGUUGCUGGUUUGA